CCGAGCUCCCGGGGUGUCCUCCCUCCCUGUCCCCGCUGAUCUCUGGUCAUUCGCGCCAGCCCCAUGUCAAGUCUCCGCCCGUGCUCUCAGCCGCCCGAGAGCCGCAUCAGCUGAUCUGUCACGUGGUCUGAUGUCCUGGGUUUGCAAAAUGGAGUUGUCUGAGUCUGUGCAGCGGGGGCUGCAGUCUCUCGCAGACGCGUCCUCCUUCGACCAGAGCGGCUUCCAGGCGCUGGUCGACGUCUCGUUCCGGAGCCUGCUCUCCGCUCGGGGCGACCCCGAAGUCCUCGAUCAGCCCGAGCUGAAGCAGGUCGACCAGAUCCUGCUGAAACAGACGCACACUGCGGCGGCCACCUUCAUACUGGAGGCGGUCAAACACAACGCAGACCGGUCGACCAUCAGUUCCAGCCUUGAAGAACUCACCUUCAGUGCUGAGAGAAUAGAAAUAUUCUAUUGCACAUAUCAGACACAUAAAAAAGAACUGGGACGUCUAUUAGCAAGCAUAGGGAGGCGAACACCUCGGAUCAACGACGUUUCCUGGCGUCUGCAGUACCACGUGAAGAAUGGACAGGUCGAUAAGGUCAACGAGCCUUUCUACUUGAUGUCAUUAAACACGGAGAAUGAAGGAUCCUCGGAAGAUAUCAACUUCACGUGCACAAUGGAGCAGUUGCAGGACCUGGUGGGGAAGUUGAAAGACGCAGCCAAGAGUGUGGAGAAAGCCAGUCAGAUGUGAUGUGAUGCCGGUGUCCUGUUCCCUCCGCCGGAUCUCACCGAUGUCUGACACCCAGGACUGACAGUGACCCUAGUUAUCAUUCCACAUUUUUUUGUUUCAAUUAAAAAGAGAGCGAUGAAAUAAAAAAAAUCCAUCUUCUGCUUUGACGUCAA